UUAAUCAAUUUUCAUUCUUCUAUUCAAAAAAAAAAAAGUCUCUCUCUCUUCAUUAUUGAGUUGUCGCCACCAACAAUCAAAAUUGAUUGAGUAAAGAAGAAUCAAAGUAUUAUUUCAACUUCUCCACCAGAAAAUCAAAAACCCCGAUUUCUUAAAAAAAUCCCAAUUUCAAUGGAGGAUCAGAAAAGAAAUGAUGAAAUCAUUGAUGCCGAUGAUAAAAACAGUAACAGCAGUGAUGAUAAUUUCACAUCAGAAGAUGAAGGAGCAGAAGAUUACACUAAAGGGGGUUAUCAUCCUGUUCGAAUCGGGGAUACAUUUAACAGAAAUCGUUAUGUUGUUCAGAGCAAACUCGGUUGGGGUCAUUUCUCUACUGUUUGGCUUUCAUGGGAUACUCAUAAUUCAAGAUAUGUAGCAUUGAAAGUACAAAAGAGUGCACAGCAUUAUACAGAAGCAGCAAUGGAUGAGAUUACAAUACUUAAACAGAUAUCAGAAGGAGAUUUACAUGAUAGGAAAUGUGUUGUGAAAUUAUUAGAUCAUUUCAAACAUUCAGGACCAAAUGGGCAACAUGUUUGUAUGGUUUUUGAGUAUUUAGGUGAUAAUCUACUGACAGUUAUUAAGUACUCGAGUUAUCGUGGGAUGUCGAUUAAUAUGGUUAAGGAAAUUUGUUAUCAUAUAUUAGUUGGUUUAGAUUACUUACAUAGGAAAUUGUCCAUUAUACAUACGGAUUUGAAGCCGGAGAAUAUUUUAUUGUUGUCGACGAUUGAUCCAGCUAAGGAUCCUAGGAGAUCUGGGUCUCCGCUUGUUCUUGCUAAUGGUAAGGGUAGAUCGGUGGUUGAAGCUGGAUCUUCGAGACAAACUAAGAGUUUAAAUGGAGAUGUAAUGAAGGGACAGAAGAAGAAGGUUCGGAGAAAGGUGAAACGGCCAGCACCCGGUUGUACAGGGAAGGAAGUUGUUGAGGAAGCGGAAGUGAAUUCAGCAACAGAUGGGGCAGUUGAAGCUGCUUGUGAUACAAAUUCAAAUGUAGUUAGUAAGGAAGACAAGCCGGAUAGUUCUAGCUCUAAAGAUAAUUCGUCCACUGUUGAUGAGGCAAAGGAUACUCGUCAUGCAAAUGGGAGACCAAGUCGCUCCAUGAGGCAGAAGAUGUUAGAAUCUGUUGAACUCAAGUGUAAGCUGGUUGAUUUUGGCAAUGCCUGUUGGACGUACAAACAAUUCACAAGUGAUAUUCAGACAAGACAGUACAGGUGUCCAGAAGUUCUUCUUGGAUCUAAAUAUUCUACCUCAGCUGAUCUAUGGUCCUUUGCUUGCAUUUGUUUUGAGUUGGCAACUGGGGAUGUUCUCUUUGAUCCUCACAGCGGUGACAAUUUUGACAGAGAUGAGGACCACUUAGCUCUAAUGAUGGAACUACUUGGAAUGAUGCCACGCAAGAUUGCAUUAGGUGGACGGUAUUCACGAGACUUUUUCGAUAGAUAUGGUGAUCUAAGGCACAUUCGUCGGUUACGUUUCUGGCCCCUCAAAAAGGUUCUGAUGGAGAAAUAUGAGUUUAGUGAACAAGACGCAAAAGAACUGUCCGACUUUCUGGUACCCAUUCUGGAUUUUGUUCCUGAGAAGCGACCAACAGCAGCUCAGUGUCUUGAACAUUCUUGGUUCACUUCACGCCCUAGUCUUCGUGAAUCUUCAGCGCCAGCAGUCCAAACUUUAGCUGCAGAUGGUGAUAAUUCAGAUAUGAAAAGUAGGGAUAGAGAUGAAAGAGAAGCAAUGGAAGUAGGUCUGGGGAAGAUUGCUAUUGAUGGAACAGCACAAGUUGCACAACCCCUUAAAGAUCGUCAGCCAAGUUAUUCUAGGCCCUAUACAGCGAAGACACGAAGUACUAAUUCUUGAAGGUAGUCCUUGGCACAAUGUUUUCUUUAUUCAGAUUUAUUUUAUUGGUCCACAUUGUUUAUCCACUGCAGCUCUCUAUCAGAUGAGUAAUGAGGAACUAUUUCUUCCACGUCAGUGAUAUCCAACGUUGUGGUGUAGACUGUAGAUAAGUGUGAUUUACCGAGUAAUGAGUCAUUGAGAGAUAUAGUAUGGUCCAGUAUGGAAAGAUCAAAGCAGGCUAAGUCAAUACAAAUUAAGAGAGAAAUUAUUUUUGCUCUGUUUCGACUUUUGAGUACAUUUUCAAUGUAACCUCGAUCAAUUUGUACACUGGGGGUCCUGAUAAUUCAGCUUUUGUUUUGCAUCUGGAUUGAUCGUAUUUUCAGAAUUCCUUGUGCAAUUGUUUUAUGGUUUUCAAUUGCCUGCUCAA